GAGAAGAAGCGGGAGAAGGCGAGCCGGCGUGCGGAGCUGCAGGAUGGCUGUGGAGAGCGCCCGCGACUGCGCCGUGGCUUUGGUCAGGUCUUUGGUGUCUGUGGGAGCAUCUCUAGGGUCUGUUACAAAGCAGACCCUAUCUGCUGCCCUUCCGCCUGCAGCUCGGCCCUUCCGGGUCUGUAACCAUAACAGAAGCAGCCGCAGAGGAGUUGUUGCAAGCAGCCUACAGGAGCUUAUUAGCAAGACCCUGGAUGCCUUAAUGAUUACUGCUGGAUUGGUAGCACUAGUUUUGGAGGAAGAUGGCACAGUGGUGGACACAGAAGACUUCUUCCAGUCGCUGGGAGACAACACACACUUCAUGCUUCUGGAGAAAGGACAGAAAUGGAAGCCCGGGCCAAACUAUGACAUCACAACUAUACUGAAGCCCAAGAAAAUGGGAGUAGCAAACAUUACCUUGGAUUUGUACAAGCUGAAUCCGAAAGACUUCAUUGGAUGUCUAAAUAUCAAAGCUACCUUCUACGAAAUUUACUCUGUGUCCUAUGACAUCAAAUGCAUGGGAGCGAAGAGUAUACUGCGGAAGAUUCUCCGACUUCUGUCUCACACUGCACAAGUAACAGGACAGCUUCUUCUCUGCACGGGAACAUAUGUGCUACAGUUAAUGGGUGACUGUGAGGAUGAUCUGAUUAAAAAUAUGAAGCACUAAAAUGAGCACAAGAGCCUUAAAUAGUAGUUUUCCAGCUGACCCACUUCAAGCAUUCUUCUUGGAACAUUUUAAAAACAAUAUUGAUCCUGUGUUUAAUUGUCUCAAAUUGAGCUUCACACUUGACUGAUCAAAAUGUAACUGAACAGCCUUUCUCUUUAACUUUUAGGUUUUUAGUUGUAAGAUAAUGAUGUGAGAACUGUAAAUAUGAUCGGAGUCUUUUUAAUGCAGUGAGAGGUAGAGGAGCUUUUGUGCCGUACCUCCAAAAUGAAGAGAUCUAGCAGUAGCAAGGAGACAAUCACUGAUGUUUGUCAAGUGACAUCACUAACUGCCACGUCCUGUUUGACAGCCAUGUUGUGCAUUCUGAAUGGGCUUUUUGUGGCUUUUGUGGAAGC